AUGGUGGCUGAACUCAAGCAUUGCAUGGGAGGUCCUGCUCUGCCAGGAGGGAGGAGGAGUGAUGACGAGGGUUGGCUGCUGCAGAAUGUGGAGAGCGGCGAGAAGAUGGGAGCUAGCGACGUCAAGGUCUUCAUGGAUCAAGUGGGAGGGAUCCUCGUGCGAGGAAACAGAUACGGAGCUAGUUGUGCUGAGAGAGUAAGGCUGUAUGAUAUCGAGUUCUUGCUCCCCCCAACGAGCGGAGGGGAGGAGAAGCCCAGCUCGGCUCCAGCAUCGUCUGCGAGGAGGACUGAGACUGCUUCACUCGAGGGUUGCGACUUGCUCUACCGUGAGAAAGACUGGUCGGGGGCGUUGCGGUGCUACAGGGAGUGGAGAACGCAUGCUGAUCGCUCUUCUCCUGCCCGUGGGAGCGUGCGAGAGCGGCAGCGAGCAUGCUGGGCGCAGCUGAGGGAGGCGAGGCUGGCCCUGAUGCUGUCGAAGCCUGCCAAGGAGGAGACAUGGAAGACCCUCUCUGCUGCGCUGCAUGCGGCGGACGAGGAGGAUGGGAGGCCAGGAGGGCAUGAGGAUGGAGGAGCCGGGAGGGAAGCAUGGGGAGUGGGGCUGAGCAAGCUGGUGGAGGCAGGAACGUGCACGGGUUGGUGCUAUAGGACGAGGGGAGACGUGUUGUUCAAGGACAGGGACUACAAGGCUGCAGCAGUUGAGUACGAGAAAGCGCUUCACUUCGGCUUAGGGGAUGUCUUGUCCGUGGCUGUCACACGGCAUGACCUUGCAGCAGCCCAGCACCUUUCCCAGGAGGAGGGUGCGGACUUUACGAGGCUGUACUCUGAAGCAGUCAACCUAGAGCCCGAGCUGGUGACCUCUCAGAUUUCAGGGACCAUGGGCACAUUUGCUUACCCCGAGGAUGCACGCGUAAUCAUUCAGAAAGCGCUUCACCAGCGGUAUCAGCGGCUCUCCCGCAAGGAGGAGACGCGGAGCUCCCGCCUCAAGCAGCUUGACGAGCACAUCAGGAGGGAGGAGGGUGCGUUCCCAGCAUGCAGCAGCAACAGCAGCAGGCGCGUCCAUUUCUUCUGCCGGAUCCGUGGGCAGACGCCAGGGACGGCGGAUCAGCGGUGGGGCCCCUCGUCGACCCAGCGCGGAGUCGGAGGGUCGGAGGAGGCAGCGAUCUACCUGGUGCGGGAGCUGGCAAGGAAGGGAUGGUGCGUGAGGGUGUACGGGAACCCGGAGGUGGAGGAGUGGGGAAGGGACGAGGAUGGAGUGACGUGGCUGCCCUUCUACACUCUGGACAUGCUGCAAGAGCCGAGCGUCUUCGUGGUGUGGAGGAACUUCGACGCCGUCUGGCUCGCUCCUCGCACUCGCUCUCGCUUCCUCUGGGUCCACGACCCGCUGGCGCUGGCGUCCGACCAGGACUACUUCACCUCCACCUUCCUUGGAGCGCUCAGCGGCAUCUUCGUCCUCAGCCAGCACAGCGCCUCUCAGUUCCCCCCGCACGCCCAGAGCAAGCUGAUCCUGAGCAACAACGGCCUUGCUCCUCACCUGCUGCGGGACGGGCCCAACCAUCACCACAAGCUCCUCUACAGCUCCUGGCCGUCCUCGGGCCUCGAGCAGCUCCUGGAGCUGUGGCCGCGGAUCCGCCACAAGGCAGGGGGAGGGGAGCUGUACGUGUACUACGGGUUUGACAUGUGGUGGGCAACCCCGCUGUACAAGCACGAGCGCUGGUUCAUCGAGUGGAGGAGGAAGAUGGAGGACAUGUUGCGGCAGGAGGGCGUCAAGUACAUGGGCGGCGUCGGGCACCAGGACAUGGCGGACGCGUACGCUGAGGCGGGCUUCUACGUGUACCCUACAGACACGCCUGAGACGGCUCCUAUCAACCUGAUCAAGGCGCAGGCCAACGGCUGCGUCCCCGUCACCUCUCGCUACCCACUGAGUGCCAUCCCGGAGACCACCGGGGAGUUCGACCUGGGCCCGGAGCCCGGGAGCCACGUCAGCAUCAAGCAGAACAGAACCUUGCUGCUGCUGUGGGCGGACGCGGUUGCUCGGGCGGUGGCGACGCCGCGGGAGGAGCUGGAGGAGCACAGGAGGAGGAUGAAGAGGAGCGCGAGGGAGAGGUACUCGUGGCCCAAGAUCGCGGAGGAGUGGAGCCGACACUUUUCCAAGGCUGUGGGAGAGCGUGAGGGAGAGGAGGAAGAGCAGGGUGAGGGAGGGAGAGCAGGAGGAGCAGGAGGGGGAGGAAGCUCCGACACAGGACGGGCGCAGUAA